AAAAGGUGGCAAGCCGAAGACGCACCUUGGCACAAAACCGAAGUUAAUGAGUUUCUAAAAACCUAUUUUGAUCAUGUUUGUAAAAAUAAAGAAGGGAAGUUACGCAUAUUCGUCCCUCUGUGCGGAAAAACACAGGAUUUAAGAUGGCUUUAUGACCUAGGACAUGAAGUUGUUGGAGUAGAUGGAGUAGAAAAACCAAUCUUGGAAUUUUUCAAAGAGCAAGGUGUAACCUACACUAAGGGUGAUGAAGGAGGACUCCCGUACUAUGUUAAUGAUGACGGGCGCCUUAAAAUCUAUUACUGUGAUUUAUUUGCCUUGAAUCCAGAAAUGUGUGGCAAGUUUGAUGGAAUAUGGGACCGUGGGUCUCUAGUUGCUCUAUUGGCUGAAGAUAGAGACAAGUAUGCAAAGCUGCUGAAAAGUGUGCUUAAUGAAAAUUUUGGCUAUCUGAUUCAUACCAUACAAUAUGAACAGUCACAAUACCCAGGGCCUCCUCUCAGUGUGCCAGUUGAAGAAAUGAAACGUCUAUUUGGUGACAUUUCUGAAGUUGAAACACUGUUGAAUGUCAGCACAAAGGAUGAUCCAACUUCACUCAUCCCGAUCAAAUUCCACGGGAACAUUGAUCAAUGCUACGAAAAUAUAUUUUUGCUUAAACCCAAGGCUGAGUAGCAUCUGAAUUCUUAGCGGUUAUGGCAGAUUCAACACAUAGGCCUACACAUUUAACGUUUACAAAUACCAAAACCUAUAUUUAUCUUAAAUAACAUAAUGAAAUAUAUAAUUGGAAUCACUCUUGGUUAAAAUAAUUCACGAACCAACUAAAGAUGAUGUUUCUUUCAGUGUUUCUCUCCAUUUCAUACGUAAUGACAAGUGGCAAGCGACAACCAUUGACAAAGUGAUUUUGUCAUCUGCUUUUCUAUCGUCGUCUGCUCCUAUUAAAGAUUAGAUACAGAUUGUACUGUAUCUGAUCUGUUGAGUUUCUGAGACGUCAAUUUGCAAUCAAAUUUCAAGAUGGAAGAACGUGUUGAAUAUUGGUCAAAGAGGUGGCAAGCCGAAGAUGUACCUUGGCACAAAGCUGAUGUUAAUAAGUUUCUCAUGAGUUUUUUUGAUCAAGUUUGUAAAAUCAAAGAAGGUAAGUUACGCAUAUUCGUCCCUCUGUGUGGGAAAACACAAGAUUUAAGAUGGCUUUAUGACCAAGGACAUGAAGUUGUUGGAUUAGAUGGGGUAGAGAAACCAAUCUUGGAAUUUUUCAAAGAGCAAGGCCUAACCUACACUAAGGGAAAUGAAGGAGGAUUUCCAUUCUAUGUUAGUGAUGAUGGGCGUCUUAAAAUCUACAACUGUGAUUUAUUUGCCUUGAAUCCAGAAAUUUGUGGCAAGUUUGAUGGAAUCUGGGACCGUGGAUCUCUUGUUGCCAUAUUAGCUGUGGAGAGAGAAAAGUAUGCAAAGCUGAUGAAAAGUCUGCUAAAUGAAACAUUUGGCUAUCUGAUUGAUACUAUGCAGUAUGAUCAGUCACAAUAUCCAGGACCUCCUCUUAGUGUCCCAGUUGAAGAAGUGAAGCAUCUAUUUGGUGAUACUUGCGAGAUUGAAACGCUUUUGACCGUAAAUACGAAUGCUGACCCUACUUCACCUAUUUCGGCAAAAAUACGCUGGAACGUAGAUGAGUGCUAUGAGAUUAUUUUGUUACUUAAAGCUAAAGUUUUGUAAACAAAAAUUUAACCAA